UCAUGUGUUAUUAUCUUCAAUAGUUCUUCAGAAAAAGUCAAACCCCACAAAGCAAGUUGUGUACAAGACGGUUUUGAAUGGUUGACGUGGUAAUAUAAAAAUCAUUCAUUAGUUUUCAGAAGCAACAUGAAAUGAGAACAAGUGUGAACCUUGAAACAUGGAGAUAUAAAAAGUAGUCUUGGAGGGUAUUCAAACAUGGCAACACUGACCUUGGACUUUUAUGCUCUAUAAACAAAGUUGCAAAGAAUCUCCUGAGUAUCUUUCUCUGUAAAACCCACUUGUGUAUGACUGAUUUCACUUUCAUUCUAAGCUUUACAAUCAAUUAGUGCAAUCAGCCUGAGAGUUCAACACAGAUUCUAGAGAUGGAUUCCGGAGAAAAAAGGCUGAAUGAGCUUGGAUACAAGCAAGAACUUCGAAGAGAAAUGGUUUUUUUGGCUCUCAAUACUUUAUUCAAGACUCUUGCCAUAUCGUUUUCGACCAUGACACUCUUCACUGGGAUCACACCAUUGUAUGGUUCGAGUCUUCUGUAUGCAGGUCCUGCGAGUCUUGUGUGGGGAUGGGUGGUUGUGUCAUUCUUCACCUGGUUUGUUGGAAUUGCAAUGGCUGAGAUCUGUUCCUCUUUCCCAACUACUGGUUCUCUUUACUUCUGGGCUGCUCAUUUAGCUGGACCCAAAUGGGGUCCAUUUGCAUCAUGGUGUUGCGCUUGGCUUGAGACUAUUGGCCUUAUUGCUGGCAUGGGAACUCAGGCAUAUGCAGGAUCACAGACACUGCAAAGUAUCAUUUUACUAUCCACAGGAACAAAUAAAGAUGGAGGCUAUUUUGCUCCUAAGUGGUUAUUCUUAUGUAUGUACAUUGGUCUCACCAUUAUAUGGGCGGUUCUCAACACCUUUGCCUUAGAAGUAAUUGCCUUUAUCGACAUAAUUUCAAUAUGGUGGCAGGUUGUUGGAGGGCUAGUUAUUGUUAUAAUGGUUCCCCUGGUUGCCCUGACUACACAAUCUGCUUCAUAUGUGUUCACACAUUUUGAAAUGUCACCGGCCUCAACAGGAAUAUCAAGCAAACCUUAUGCUGUCAUUCUUUCUUUUCUUGUCAGCCAGUAUUCACUGUAUGGAUAUGAUGCUGCAGCACAUUUAACUGAAGAAACAAAAGGUGCAGACAAGAAUGGCCCUAUUGCAAUCCUCUCUAGCAUUGGGAUCAUCUCAGUAUUUGGAUGGGCGUAUAUCUUGGCCCUUACUUUCAGCAUUCAGGAUUUCAGCUACCUCUAUGAUACAUCCAAUGAGACUGCAGGAGUGUUUGUGCCAGCUCAAAUACUCUAUGAUGCAUUCCACGGGAGGUAUCAAAAUUCUACUGGAGCAAUCAUCUUACUGUUUGUCAUAUGGGGUUCAUUCUUCUUUGGUGGACUUUCAAUCACUACAAGCGCCGCCAGAGUAGUGUAUGCUUUAUCAAGAGAUAAUGGAGUUCCUUUUUCAUCCAUAUGGAGACAAGUGCACCCAAAGCACAAAGUACCCUCAAAUGCAGUAUGGCUCUGUGCAGCCAUUUGUAUUAUUCUUGGACUUCCAAUCUUAAAAGUCAAUGUAGUCUUCACUGCCAUAACUUCCAUUUGUACAAUCGGAUGGGUUGGUGGCUAUGCAGUUCCAAUCUUUGCAAGAAUGGUAAUGUCUGAGAAGAACUUUAAAGCUGGGCCAUUUUAUUUGGGGAAAGCUAGCAGACCGAUUUGCUUGAUUGCAUUUUUAUGGAUUUGCUAUACAUGCGCAGUCUUUCUUUUGCCGACUUAUUACCCGAUUGAUUUGGAUACUUUCAACUAUGCACCUGUGGCUUUAGGUGUUGGUUUGGGUCUGAUAAUGCUCUGGUGGGUGUUGGAUGCUAGGAAAUGGUUCAAGGGACCUGUUCGGAACAUUGAUAGCGAAAAUGGGAAGGUUUGAGAUUCAUCCCACUUUCAAAUAUACAUGUAUUAACCAAAAUUCUUGCGCUUCAUUCACUUCUUUGUCAAGUGUUCUUAAGGUUUCUGAUACAUAAUUUCUUUGACCGAAUAGGCUUACAAUUGGUAGUCAAUUUGACUAAUAGAUUUAGAUUACCUUACCAGUUCCCGUGCAAUUCUUUUGAUCUUUAAAAAGAAAAUAUUUCUCUUACAUUUGGACU